AUGGAAAAGUGUUUGUCGGCGGGAGGAAAGGAGGUUCUUAUCAAGUCGGUGGCACAAGCCAUUCCGACUUACUCAAUGGCAUGUUUUAAGUUACCCCGUGGUUUGUGUGAACACAUAAACGGUCUGAUUCGGAAAUUCUGGUGGGGGAGUAAGAAUGGCGAGAGAAAGACAGCUUGGGUGUCUUGGAAAACCAUGUCAAAACCAAAGUUUAUGGGGGGCUUAGGCUUUCGAGAUAUUGAGUUAUUCAACCUGGCCUUACUUGCUCGACAAGCUUGGAGAUUAUUGCAGAAACCGGAGUCUUUGAGUGCACGAGUGUUAAAAGCCCGGUAUUUCCCUAACACCGAUCUUCUACAGGCCAAUCUGGGUUCGGCCCCUUCCCAAGUUUGGCGAUCUCUUGUUGAAGGAAGGGAUAUAUUACAACUGGGACUUGUCAGGAGAAUUGGAAAAGGUGCAGACACAAACGUUUGGCAAGAUAAUUGGAUCCCAAGGGACUAUAAACUGAGACCCAUAUGUGUCCGCUCUUUGAAUCCUCCGGUUUUGGUCUCGGAGCUUAUAAACCCUGCUACUCGCUCAUGGAAUAAGCAUGCGUUGACUGAACAUUUCAUUGUGGCUGAUGUUGAGGCUAUUCUUAAUAUACCACUUAGCACGCAGAUGCAAGAGGACUUUUGGGCAUGGCACUAUGAUAGGUGUGGUAUUUUCUCAGUAAGAUCAGCCUAUAGGAUGAUCUGUGCCAUCAAAACUCAACAGGAAGACUGGUUAGAGCAUCGGCCAAGUCAUUCAAAUAUUGCAGCUAGCAAGAACUCUUGGACACAGUUGUGGAAGGUGAGGAUUCCAUCGAAGAUUCGAGUCUUUGUUUGGCGGUUGGCACAUACAUUUAUACCGACGGGGAUAGUCCGGCAUGAAAGGAGGAUGGCUGAUACCCCAGCAUGCUCCUUAUGUGGGGCGGUAGAGGAUACAUGGCGUCAUUCACUACUCAAUUGCCGCCUGGCAAGAUGUGUGUGGGCGUUGGAAGAUGAUGAUCUGGUGGGGCAUGUGAUCUCAAACCAAACGGAGGAUCCUAAGCUAUGGCUGUUCUGGCUUUUCGAAACAACCAACCAGCAGGACCUAGCUCGAGUUUUGGUAACUAUGUGGGCAAUUUGGUGGGCUCGAAGGAAGGCAAUCCAUGAGAAUGAAUACCAGAGCCCGCUGUCAACUAUGUGCUUUAUCAAUAGAUUCAUGGAAGAUCUGGAGAUAGCCAAUAUGCGCAGCCACCAGAAAAUCAAGGGAAGUACGGCUAGACCUCAUGCAAAAGUCUGGCUACCACCACCCGGCGAUGCAGCAAAGUUUAACUGUGAUGGUGGCCUAUCAUCUUUGGGGGAAAAGGGAGCAGCUGGAGUUGUAUGUCGGGAUAAAAAUGGGAAAUACUUAGGUGCGUCGGCGGUGGUGUACGAAGGCCUAUCUGACCCGGCAAGCUUGGAGGCUCAAGCAUGCAGCGAGGCACUAGCCCUCGCACGGGAUCUGAACCUACAGGAGCUUGUGAUUGCCUCAGACUGUGUCGAAGUAAUAACUAAUAUCAGCAACGCAGGAUCGCCAUCUUAUGCUCCCAUUCCGAGGGAAAUCCAAACUAGUAGGGCAAACUUUACAUCUGUUUCUUUCCGCUUUGAAAGUAGAGUUAAUAAUUUUGAGGCCCAUUCGCUUGCUAAGGGAGCUGCGUCUCUCGCGGUGGGUCGCCAUGUGUGGCUAGGGGUUCUGCCAGAUAUUGCUUGUAUUUCGGAUGUUUUGAACUUUGAAUAA